UUGAGGAUACACGCGUUUAGCGCUUCCAAAUCGCGUUCGUCGUUUGCAAGCCCAUGUAACAGUGAAUCAUUUAGAUCUAGCUGAAGUUCUAAGUAGAAAAGCCAAUACAAACAUACAUACUUGUAAAUACAAUUGGAGUGUAUAACAAAAUUUUCCUUAUGCCACAGAAACAAAGAUAAAAAGGAAAUAUGCGAUAGAGGAUAUAUGAAGUGAAGUGUAGUUUAGUGAAGAGUUCCAACUUCUGAGUGAAAAAUAUUACUUUUGUGUGAAAAUGAUAAGGUUCUAGCAAGGAUAAAAAGGAUUAAAAGUCCAGAAUCUAAACGAAAGAGUUUUACUGUGAAAAUUCCAAACAAGUGCAGAACAGUUUUUAAGAAACGAAAAAUUUUUUAAAGUAAAUAAAUUAUACACACUUACUAUUAAUACUAAACAAAACACAAUAUACUUUUCUAUCAAAAUUAAAUAAAUCAAACAAUAAAAUACACACGUACAUACUGUGCGUAAAAUUAUUCUAAGUAGUAUUAAAAUUAUUAAAAAAUCUCGUAUAUAUGUUUAGUGCAUGGAAGAAUAUAUAUUUUUAAGUUAAAGAUUGUGUUGUGUUAAAAAUGGCACUCGCUCGCCGCCAAGCUAUCGAUCGAUUUGAACAAUAUGUGCAACCUAGUGAACAGAGUAGCCAGUCAAAUUAAAAAAAUCUUUAUUUUUGGAAACAAAAAAAAAAGUUGUAUUGAAGAAUCCAGUAGCUUUUUUAACUCCAGCAAACACACACGACUUGGAUUAGUGUUUUGCUGGCAGUGACUAUGACUAAACACGACAAGCUCAAAAAACGCGUUUGAUUGAAAAAUUAAAACGAGAUUAACAUUUGCGAACACUGCAGGCAUACAAGCUUAAGAACUAACGCCAAAAUGCCGAAAAUUUUUCUCAUAAAAAAUCGUCUGCAUCAGCAGCAACAACGACUCUUGGAAUCUCAAAAUCUGCUGCAGGAUAAAAACGAAGAUGAUCGCCUAAUACCGCCACUGAGCCCCUCGCCGCUAGUAGGUGGUGGCAACGGCAGAGGCAGCAAUGGCAAACCAAACUCGCCGCCAGUGCCCACAGAUGCACCGCGCGCAUACACACCACCAACUGCAGCAACACGCAACAUACACAACGCGUUGAGAACGCCCACACCAACUCCCUCAGCAUCGUCACCAGCACUUGUACCACCAACGCCGUUACAGCCACCCAAGACGCCUGAACCACAAGAUAGUGGCUCGUCUGCAUUAAAGUUGGUUGCGCCUCCGGAUUCGUCUCCACAUACUACAGCUCCUGCUGUAAUAGUGACCGCCGAGGACAAUAAAAAUGCCACCGUCACAGCAACAGAACCAGUAAAUCUGUUGGAUACACCAACAGCAGCAUCAUCGACAACAACAGCUACAACGACUCCAAAUUCACCACCUCUUUCGCGCAAACGUUUCCAUCACCGACGUUACUACUUUGGCCAACAACAACAAAAAUUAUUGUAUAAUGCCGAUGCUGACGCUGCAGAAGUUGGAGGCACUGCCGCCAAGCAAAGUGAUCGCUUAUCGCCAGCAAAUCCAACUUUGGCAGCGGAGGCAUCAACCACCAACUCUGCUUCAUCUCCACUAUCACCCACACCCGUCAAACCUUCCCAACCAGAACCAUCUCAAGACAUUACUCUCCCAAAGAGCUGUCUAUCUCUUCAGGAGAGCAUUGCAAAAGAAACAGAAGACUGUAACGAGGAAUCGCUGGCCGAUUCCUUCUCCCAACCACCAAAAACUGACAAAGUUAAAGAUCAAGAGGAGAUCGUUCAACCCAAAGAAGUUUGUGAACCAGAGGUAGAAGUUGGUAAACCACGCUUCAUUUCUUCGAUUUUAGGUGGCAAUAAACCCUACAGCGGAGGUAUUGUACUAACACAGGCACAACGCAAGGAAUACCCAGUAGAGAUUGUUAGGCAACGAUUCACACCCACUCCAAGUGAGGAUAGCUCUAGUGAUUCAGAUUCGGAUUCGGAUGGGUCUAAACUUAUUGUAGACGAAAAGCCAUUGGUACCCGAAGAUAGACCAUUGUCGUUACGUUUGCGAAGCACCCCUCCUCCGUUAGAAAAACGUCCUAGUCCUCCGCCUGGACCUGCUGUACGUUGUAGUGUUAUACAGCGUACUCCAAAACCAGCACCAACGCCACCUCAACGGCAGAGUCAACACGAAGUUUUAUUACCACCCGGUUCGCUUGAGCACCUCGGUCCUGAACAGCAAGAGCCGAUUGACUACCACGUUCCGAAACGACGGUCAGCUUCAUUCGACAGCGACGAAGAGCAAGUUGAUUCGUUGAAUGCAAAGCGUUUAGAACGCGAACGUAAGUUACGUGAAGCUCGUCGACGUAGUGCAAUAUUGGCAGCGCGUGCUGUGCUCACCCAAGCUCGUCUCAAUCCUCGUCUCGUACGUAGCCUCCCGGGUAUUUUAGCUGCAGCUGCAGGUCACGGCCGCACAUCAUCAACUGGUGCCGGACAAGGCUUCCAGGGUUCCAGCGGAUUUGGUGGUAACAGCUCAGGCAGUGGCAACAACCAGAGCACGAGUGGAGGUGCAGGUUCACCUACGGGCUUUGGAGGUACACUAGGAGGUAGUGGCAGCGGCGGCACUGGUGGUGGAAUGGGCGGCGGACGUGACGGCCGCAGCAACUACGGUCCAAACUCUCCACCUUCAGGUGCUCUUCCUCCUUUCUACGAGAGCUUGAAAAGCGGAAACACAAUGAACUCGUCAUCAUCCUCUGCAAAUUUCAAUGAAAAUUCAAAUUUCCUUAUUCAAAAUGCUGCGGCUGCGGCAUACUUAAUGUCAGCUGCUGGUGGAAAUAGCAGUGGUCAACAGCAGGCUAACAGCUUCAUCGACUGUGCAUCGGGAAAUGGAAAUAGCAACGGUCUUAGUGGUGUCGGUAGUGGUUUAAAUGACAGCAGUAGUGGUGGUUUGGAAAUUACUACAUUUGCCAAUGGCCAGGGUAACACAAAUUAUUCUGCGCAUGCGCAUAAUAACAAAUAUAAUAACUCUUCUCCUUCUACUCAACAUCAUCAUCAUCAACACCAUCACCAUCAUGGACAUCCGCAUUAUGGAAAUAAUCCCUCAGCGUAUGGCAUAAUACUCAAGGAUGAGCCCGAUAUAGAGUAUGACGAAGCCAAGAUCGACAUCGGAGCUUUUGCACAAAACAUCAUUCAAGCCACAAUGGGGAAUUCCGGAAAUUUCAACGCAGCCGCUUACGAAGAUGCUAUUAUGUCGGACCUGGCCAAUUCGCAGGGCCCCAAUGGCUCAGUGGAUCCUCUGCAAUUCACAGCUACUCUCAUGCUCAGCUCGCAGACAGACCAUUUGCUUGAACAACUCUCUGAUGCAGUUGACCUCAGUUCGUUUUUGCAGCGCGAAUGUGUGGAUGACGAGAACUCGACAAGCCCUAGACAAGAUUUCGAACUAGUCUCAACGCCAUCGCUUACCCCUGACUCUGUAUCCAUAACACCUGUGGACACUAACAAUACAAGUCACCUAGAUAAUUUUCACGAAACUCUGAUUCAACAAAUAACAAGCAACAUCUCUCGCAAUCAUAUCGGUAGCAGCCAAAACGGAAAUAUGCAGCCGUAUCCAUUUGAACGUCAGCAACAUAUGAACGGCAAUCAGCAGCAUAUGAACAACGACCAUCAUGGUAUGAACCACCAACAGCAACAGCCACCACCUUCGUAUCAACAUGCAACGCGUGAUUUAAUGCAGAUGCAGCAACAACAACAUCAUGCACAACAGCAUCCUUAUCAUCAACAGCAACAGCAGACUUCUAUGAUGCAGCACGGUGGUCCAAUGUUGUUGGCACAGCAACCACAGCAGCCACAGCAACAUACGUACCAGCAGCAUGGCCAUUCGUAUGGCUCAGCGCAGCAUCAUCAUCAGCAACAUCACAUUGCUCCGCCUCAUCAUAUGCAGCAUCACCAUCAUCACAACAGCGAUAAUAGCAAUUUAUCGCUGCCAUCGCCAAAUGCGGCCCACCUAUCGGCACAUCAUGGAAUGUCGUCGGCAGCGAGUAAUUCGUCGGGCGCUUCAACCUCUGGUUUGCUAGAUGCCAGCGCUGCCAUGCUGGACACAAAGCCCCUGAUACAAAGCUUGGGACUGCCGCCAGAAGUUCAGCUGGAAUUUGUUAACGGCGGUCAUGGUAUUAAGAACCCACUUGCUGUGGAAAACACUCAUUCUGGGCACCAUCGUAUACGUAGCAUUGAUUGUGUAGACGAUUUAAAAAAGAGCGGAAAUGUUAGCACUGAUGGCUCGGAGAACGGGAGCUGUGCUGCGGACGGCUCUAAAUUUGUGUGUCGCGUUUGCUUAAAAGCUUUCUCAUUGCAACGUCUAUUGAAUCGUCAUAUGAAAUGCCAUUCAGAAAUUAAACGCUACUUGUGCACAUUCUGCGGCAAAGGAUUCAACGACACUUUCGAUUUGAAACGCCACACGCGUACACACACUGGUGUACGACCAUACAAAUGUAACUUGUGCGAGAAGAGUUUUACUCAGCGGUGCUCGCUAGAGUCCCACUGUCUCAAGGUGCACAGUGUGCAGCACCAGUACGCGUACAAGGAGCGACGCGCUAAGAUGUACGUUUGUGAGGAAUGUGGUCACACGACUUGCGAACCCGAAGUUCAUUACAUCCACUUGAAGGAAAAUCAUCCGUACUCGCCUGCAUUGCUAAAAUUUUACGAUAAGCGCCACUUUAAAUUCACGAACUCACAAUUCGCUAAUAACUUACUAGGUCAACUGCCAAUGCCGGUGCACAACUAAACAUUAAACUUAUUGAUUAGUUUAAACUGUAAAUAAAAUAGCGACUUUCAGCCACAUCAAUAAGGGAAAUGAACUCAUCCCGCUGCAGUGUAGACAAAUAUUUUGCAUAUUGUAGUUAGUUAAAUUGACAUUGAGUUUUCUAAAAACUGCCUACAAAAGGAGAUUAUAUAUUUUGCUGUUUUUUACUUCUAUAAUUAUUGAAAACGUUUUUCAUUUAAGUUCUGUGCUCAUAUUUAGCUCUGUGAAUUUCUAUAAAAUCUGUUACAAAGCAUGUUUUCAUAGUUAGCUCGCUACACAGAACGGUACAAUUAAUAUGUAUCUCGUAAACAGCAUAUGCUGUGUUAUAUCUUUUUUGAGUUUUCAGAAACCUACGUAGCAAGUGUACAAUGAAGUAGUGUAAAUGAAUUGUUGGGACAUUUAGUAAAACAUAUAUGGCUAGGCAAAAUGUUUAAUUUUGUAUUUGUGUAUUGUAUAUUUAGAUGAGAAUAUGAAGUCAAUUUUAAGUUGUAACACUGCGAAUUAAUUCUCAUUAUUCUUAAGAAUGUAAUAUAUAAAGAUUUUUAUGAUGUAAAUUUUGUGCGAUAUAAAAUGAAUAUGAAAUUUUACAAUUGAAAAAUAAGGCUGGCACAAGAGUUCAUUGUAUAUACAUAUACAAACGUAAAUCAAAUUUGAGCUUCUAAUCAAAGAACUAGAUAUUAAGCUAAAAAUUAAAUUCAUGAAAAACUAGAAUUCACAUUUGGCGCUAAAGCUAUAACUAUUUCGCAUUAUCAUUUGAAAUAACUUUGUUUAGUUAAUUUAAAUGUAAUCUCAAUUUUUUUUUCCUCAAAGGAUCAUGUACAUAUUUAUUUAACUCAUACUCUACUUUCCAGUUCAUUUAGUUAUAAAGGAAAUCCCUUAGUUUUUAUUUUUCUUUUAAUUUUUAAUUUGGAGUUAAGUAUUUUGUUGAAAAUAAAUGAAUUAAUGAAAUUACAUUCAACAGCAACAAGUGUAAAGAGGCGUAAAUACACAUAAAUUUAAUUAUUAUAUUAAGUGGGUAAAUGCACUUGCUUUCAUUGUAUAUUUUAGUUUUAUAGUUGUUACUUUAGCUUUUAACAUCGUCUUUAUCAAAAUGAAGACUGGAUUACGCGCACUACUUUUGCUGCUCAUAAAUGAGAAUUAAAAGCAAGCUUGUAAUAAGAUUAAGAUAAGCUUUUAUUUUUAGAUGAGUAUAAAACUUACAAAUUUAAAACAAAAAGAGUAAAUUAUAGUUAAAUGAUGUAAGUGCUUUGAGUAAAUGAAAAAGAAAAGAAUUAAACCACCAAUUCGUACUGAUUUGAAUCUCUUUUGUGUAAUCAUUAUAUAUUAAAGAAGUACAUACAAUAAUUAGCAUAAUUUUUCCGUAGAACAUUUUAUUUUUUACUUUUUUUGUUUAACACUCGUAGUAAUGCGUUAACUUUAAGUUUAAAAUCUACACCGUCACAUACCAGAGUUUUAAGUAAACACAUAUAUAAACAGAGUAACUAUAACAAAUAACUAAAGGCUUUAUAUCUGCUUCAUAUAAAUAAGUUGAGUCAAACAUUUGCUAUGUUAUUCAAUUGGGAUUUGUUUAUGAGCAGCAAAGUGCGAAUUUGUUAGUGAAAGAAA